GAAUUUUGAUCAACAGAUUAUCCAUCCUUGCAAACCUGACUGAUAAAAAUGGAAAGCAACAACGUUAAAAAGAAAGUUGGAACCCCUUCUGUUUAUAGAGGGGUCAGGAAGAGAAAAUGGGGGAAAUGGGUUUCUGAAAUAAGAGAGCCAGCAGGAGAUAAAAGAAGAAUAUGGCUUGGGAGCUUUGAUACCCCUGAGAUGGCUGCUGCUGCCUAUGAUACAGCUGCAUUUCACCUGAGGGGGCAGGCGGCCCAGCUAAAUUUCCCUCACUUGGUGGAUUAUCUUCCUAGUCCAGCUAGCUCAAGUGUUGAAGAUAUGAGAUUGGCAGCUCACGAAGGUUCUUUGCUGUUGAAGAAGUCCAUUGGAGACCAGCAUAAUUAUGAUGAUCAAGCUGCAGCAGGAAUUCCUGUUACCGUGGUCGAUUAUGCUGCUCAGCCUGUCACAGUAGGACUCUCCCAGAGAGAGAUUCAGGCCAUUCAUGACUUGCCAUUGGAGUCACCAAAUUACAAUAUGUGGAUGGAGAUGACAUCUGGCUCAAAGUUUUUAGGAGACCCGGUCAUUUUUCCAGGUGACUAUGACCAUGAAAUGACUGACUAUGUAGAAGUACCUGAUGAUUCCUUGUGGAAUCACUAGGGAACUCUUUAGCGGUAGUAGACAUGGGAGAUCUUUCGGCAGGCUUGGUUUACACCCUCACUUUUAAAUUAUGUGGUAUAUUCAAGAGGUAAAUGGAUUUUCUUGUGUCAUCAUAUCUCAUCCACCGUCACGUUUUUAACAUCAUUAUAUUACCAUGAUUAUAUAUCUCUUGAAUGUACCACAAAAUCCACAAGUUGACAAGUAAACCGAGUAUUCUCCCGUAUCCGUUCAUUGAUUUCUUCAAGCAUUUACAAAGAAGUCACAAGGAUGGUCACAAAUCUGUGCAAUUAAUCUGUUGUUUCAACCAAUGUUACCUUAAUGAAUGCCAACAAUUGAAGA